CUCAUCCAAUGCUCGUUCAAAAUGUACAUGUACUCAUCGCAAUGCUAUUCAAGAAUCGUUGGACGUAGUAUUUAAAGUAUCGUGACGUCAAUGAAGUGGGAGUCCCGAGUCCGCGGCAUACUGUCGCCGUCGACCGCUGACGCCCCCAGUCAGUCUUGUGUUGCCACUCAGUAUCGGCGGUAUUUAAAUUCGUUUUGUUUUUGUAAAUUUAUUGCUAGCAUCAUGCACGACUCAAUAAAGAGCCAGUUGAUUACGGACGGCUACGCGAUCCUAGAAGAUUUUCUUCAUGUUGCGGAAUGUGAUGAAAUCAAAGCCGCUGGAUUGGAAUUCACUGAAAACUUGCCAGACAUAGAGGAGAGAGCAACGUUCUCGACAACAGAGAAAACACAUUUAAAGGAUAAAUAUUUCCUAGAAAGCAACGACAAGAUAAGGUGUUUCUUCGAAGAGGGAGCCAUCGACGCCGAUGGAAAUCUUACAGUCGAACCGGAGAUUUCAUUAAACAAGGUCGGUCACGCACUGCAUCUCCUACAUCCGAUUUUCAGAUGUUACACGUAUAGUGAACGCGUGAAGAGCAUUUGCAAAGAGCUUGGCUUUAUCGAGCCGGCUGUGGUGCAAAGCAUGUAUAUUUUUAAGAACCCUGGCAUUGGUUCCGAAGUGGUUCCACAUCAAGACGCAACAUAUCUGUACACAGAGCCAACUCCCCCAGUUGGCUUCUGGAUAGCUCUUGAAGAAGCCACAGUUCAAAACGGCUGUCUGUGGCUGUCUCGAGGCUCUCACAGGUCAGGAGUGCACAGACGUUUGAUCCGCAACCCAGAUGAAGACAGUGACGAGGCUUUAAUCUAUGAUAAACCUGCAGCGGUUUAUCCACAAUCUAGCUUUACACCCAUACCGGUUUCGAAAGGAACGUGUAUAUUAUUACACGGCAACGUUGUACAUAAGAGCUCCCACAACAAAUCUGAUAAGAGUCGCCACGCCUACACUUUCCACGUGGUGGAGACAUACAAUAAUUUGUACUCGACCGAAAAUUGGUUGCAGGAAGGCGAAGACGCUCCCUUUUGUAACUUGUACAACACAUUACAGAUGAUUUAAGCAAUAGAAUAAUCUCGAAAUCGAAUGUUCAACUAUUGAACAUCGAAAAUUAUUAUACUUUUUUUUUACAUUUUAGAAUAAAUAGCAUGUCUUAAAAAAAAAUUAAAAUUAAAUGAAAUUUAAUAAAUUAAAACUACACAAGUGAUUUUUGCAAAUGGUAGAUCCGACUUGAUGGUUGUGAUUUCGAAAUCGUACAUUUCAACAGCUGUGUAUCUUAUUUUUUAAAAGACCUAUGUACUUAGUUAUUCGUGCAACUUAUGUAUUUCCCGCCCGCCGAAUGAACGCACUCUUUCAACGCCUUGACAAAAACCAACUGUGUGUGUAUUUAUUAUUUUACCGAGACGUCUUUCGUUUUAAUAAAAUAAGAAACAGCUAUAUUUUAUAUUGAUUAUUUCAAAAUGUCACAAGUACACACGAGCUCAUAAGUAAUGUGAUUUUUAGCAAUAAAAUAUAUUUUUAUGAAUUUAUAGAGAUCGGCACAGUACCUGCACUCCGCGUAAUGAAAAAAUAUAUAUAUUAGAACUCUGUUUCUAAAAAAACCAUAAAUAUUUCAUAAAAAAUCUAAUUUUAGAAUUUAGAUACAUUUUAUUUAGUGCUUGUUUUUUAGUUACGUUCGCAAUACAAAUAUGAAAAAUAAAAUAAAAUCGAUUCACUGAUUCUACCUAACAGUAAUUUUAAAAAUAAUUUUACUUAAUUCUUAAACUGUAUUGGUCGACACUCUUUAAUUAUCACUAAACAUUCUACGAUAUGUUUUCAAUUCCAUGACUGCGUGGAUUAAUACUGAAACAUAUUGUAAUAAAAAUGGAAAACGAGGCUUCAUACCAUCAUUCCAAAUUCCAACGUAUCAAAAUAUUUCACAUAACAUUUCACAGCAAUUUUGCUUCGGAAAAAUGCUAUUAACAUUAAGCUCGGGCGCACAUUGUACGUCCAUGAUUGUCCAACAAAUUUCCGGCGCGCACCCAAAGAUACAGGCUUUCAUUUUUUCCGCAAACGACCCGUCACUUGCCGGAUCGUUCGUCCUCUUCGAACGCCUUUUAAUAAUAAAGGUUUGCACGUGCUCUUUAAAACAUAACUUAAAAAGUUAAUCGUGGCAAUCCUGAAUUCGCAGAAUGUUUAAAUUGUAAUUAUUAAAUAAACUUAAACAUUGAAAACUUAUUGAAGGAUCAUUUAUUCGGUAUUAUAAUGCUGUAUAAUGAUAUUCAAAAUACUAUUAAAAGGUGUGUGGAGUGAUCGUUUCUAGCAUUGAUAUAGAUCUAUAUAUAGGUCGUCACUAGUAACUUUAUAUUUUCUGGAAACUGCAAUGUGGUGCAAAGGGUGUGAUUGGAGGCGUGUGGCGUGCACGUGGUACAAUAUACGCAUCAGCUAGUUUUUUUUUUAUUGUGUUAUACUCGUAGUGCCUUCAUGAUAUUAAUAAAUUAUCAAUUUUCGCUAUGAUUUUGUGUUCGUUGCAUCGAUACGGUAGACAGCGGCUUGGCUCUGCCUCUGGCAUUGCUGACGUCCAUGAGCAACGGUGACCACUCACCAUCAGGUGGGCCGUAUGCUCGUCUGCCUAAGCGGGGAAGAAAAAAAAACAUUUCAAUACAUCGUGUAUAGUGUAUUGUUUCUAUUUUUAAGAAUAAUAAAAGUUUAGAAGUAGCUUUUUCGUUUUGUAUUAUUAUAAGCCAACAAGUUCGUUGAUAUAAUAAAAUAUAUUUUUAUACACAAUCUAUUACAUGUUUUGAGGCCAAAUAGUUACUAACAUUGAUAAUAGAUACUUGUUGUUUGUUCUCCAUACACGAAUUUUGCGUAAUUUCGUUUUUUUGUAAACAUCUUCAUCACCAUGUACGAUUUUGCAGCGUAAUGUGAUGUAAUACUUCAUUCGCAAGUUCUAUAUGAUAAUUUUUCAUUAAUAAACAUGUAACUAUUGGAAAA